AUGAAUGAGAACCUUGAAUAUAUUAGAAACAAAAAAUUAAUAGAAAUAUUUGAGGGGUUAUUAGGUUAUAUAUAUUUCAAAAAGCCUAAGAAUAUUAUAAUGUCUAUUAUUGAUGAACUAAAAAAAUUAGAAAAGGAAAAGAAAAUAAAAAAUGUAUUUAAUAAAAAAGACAUAGAAACAGUAUACACUUUUAUUAAUUUAGAAAACAACAAAUAUAUAACCAAAGAUAAAUGCAUUUUGGGAUUAAAUCAAUUUUUAUUAAAUAACAAACAAAGAGAAUAUAUGGAGAAAACAGAAAUUAAAGACAAUGUUGAUUUAGAAAUAUUUACAUCUUAUGCAGAAGAAAUUAUUAACGUGUAA